GUCGGACUCAGUACUUCACCACAAUUUCUACAACAAAAUUGUGACAGUUCUUAAAACCGUUACACAACCGCAUCGGUUCUUUACGUAAGAUCGGCUCAAGCUUAAGCGUGACGUGACAUCAAUGUGCGAUUUAAUAACAAUCAAAAUAAUAACCCGACCAACAUCAUUAGCACACCUUGAUAAAGUGGGAGCAGUGCUAAAUCACUAGAAUAGAAAGUGGCCAUGCACACAGUGCGCCGAAGGUUCACUAGCAGUGUACAUUUAAAAUAAACAUAGUGCGAAGUCUAACAAUAUUUAUAUCAACAAAUAAAAAAGGAAUGUAAACGACCGAUUGCUACUAUUGUUUUCCAAUCAGUAUUCGAUGUUUCCACUGUGAUAAAUGAUUAUUUAGUAUUAGUGUUAAUCGUUAGGAAAAAUCCAAGAUAACCAGUGUGGUUGCCAACCCAGAUGAAGAAGUCGACCAGAUAAAGAGCAGCGCAAUGGUCAUAAGCGACAAAACUCUAUCACCUUUCGCCGCACCAUCUGAAAGCAGAUCCAGCUUACGCCAGGCUCUCCCCCAAAUCCUGGCUGUUUGUGUGAAAAAUGUGCUCCUUCUAGGAUUCGGGAUGACUCUAGGCUUCCCCACAAUCCUCAUCCCUAGUUUAUCUGGCAGCGACCCAACUGAGUCAAUUUCGUUAGGACAAGAAGCAAUCUCCUGGAUAGGUUCCAUCAACCUUAUCUGUGUUCCCGUGGGAUGCUUACUCUCCGGCGCCGCCACUCAACCCAUCGGCCGAAAACGUGCCAUGCAGCUCGUCAACAUCCCAUUCUUAACGGCUUGGUUGCUCUUCUACUUUUCCAACGACGUGUGGCAGAUUUUCCUCGCGCUUUGUAUAACGGGUGUGACCGGAGGUUUGCUGGAGGCACCCACGCUCACUUACGUGGCCGAAAUAACCGUCCCUAGUCUUAGAGGGAUCUUAUCGUCGACAGCCGGUGUAGCCGUAAUCUUCGGACUUUUGACCCAAUUCUUACUCGGAACCUUUCUCAAAUGGAGAACCGUGGCCCUCGUGAGUGCCGUGGUACCGGUCACUUCCUUCAUCCUCUUGUUUUUUGUCCCCGAAAGCCCCUAUUGGUUGAUAAUCAAAAACCGGCCCGAGGACGCCCGAAAAUGUAUCGCGUGGUUGCGAGGAUGGACCACCGUCGAAGAAAUCGAGCCCGAGUACAAUGAGCUAUCCAAGCAAAUCAGUGCCAGUGUAAAAGAAAAACCCACUUUCGUGGAAAAGCUCAAAAUGUUCACUAAAAAGAACUUCUAUUGGCCUUUUUCCGUCGUCGCGUUCGCGUUCUUCAUGAGCCAGUUCAGCGGUACCACCCCUCUACAAAUCUAUGCCGUCAAAAUUUUCGCUUCGCUGAGGUCUCCCAUAGAUGAGUACUACGCCACAGUGGCGAUGGGAGUAGCCGAAGUGCUCGGGUGCAUCCUGAGUACUUGCUGUGUGCACUACACCGGGAAACGAGUCAUGAAUUUCUUUUCUUUGAUUAGUUGCGGGCUUUGUUUCUUAACUGCAGGUGUGUACGCUUACGUCAACAAUGUUAAUCAUUUGGAACUCUUCGGAACGGUGGCAGCUAGUGAGGGUGACGACACUAGCUGGGUUCCUACGGUGGUUCUAGUACUAGCUGCUUUCUGUACUCACACUGGGAUUAAACUUCUACCAUGGAUGCUUAUAGGCGAGGUUUACUCCAACCAAACCCGGGCUUCCGGUUCGGGUUUCUCGGGCGCCGUGAGCUACAUCUUUGGUUUCAUCUCCAUCAAAAUCUUCCUCACUUUAGUCGAUAAUAUCACCCUACCUGGAACCUUCUGGUUCUACACUGGUAUCUGCUUCAUCGGUACUAUCGUUCUCUAUUUCAUCCUUCCGGAAACCGAAGGUAAAACUCUGUUCGACAUAACCGAACACUUUGCCGGUAACUCGAAGCUCAGUAACAAAGUGACCAGAAUCAAAGACAUGAAGAAGGGCGAGGUGAACAACGCCUACGUUCCGAAUGAAGAGACCCGACUCUAACGCUUUGCUUCCUUUCAUGCUUCUCCUUCGCACCUACCUCACCGCAUCAUUCUAGUAUUAAUAAUCUUUUCCAGACAUUGACGUACGUUGCUGAAAUAA